UCAUGUCAUCUCGUGCUGCCGCGUGACGUCACGAGACACCAGGAAGCUGCCGAUCCGCGCGCGCGCUCACUGAGAUCCGAGCUGACGCUUCUGACGCUUCAUCAGAUUUGGUGUGAUGGAGCAAAGGCACUCAGCGCAGCCCGGUACAAAAAGACAAUGGGACCAGGAUGCAAACAGCAUGGAUUGUACUGGAAGUGUGACACGGCACCGGAGAACUCAAACAGGAGAGAAACCCUUCAAGUGCACUUUGUGUGAGAAGGCAUUUACAGUGUCAUCAUAUCUUAAAAAACACCAGAGAACGCACACAGCAGAGAAACUCUUCAAGUGCACUUUGUGUGAGAAAGCAUUUACAGAGUCAUCAUAUCUUAUAAUACACCAGAGAACACACACAGGAGAGAAACCCUUCAGGUGCACUGUGUGUGGGAAGGCGUUUUCACGGUCAUCAAUUCUGCACAAGCACCAGAGAAAACAUACAGGAGAUGGACCCUUCAAGUGCACUGUGUGUGAGAAGGCAUUUGCAUGGUCAUCAGUUCUUGAAAAACACCGGAGAACACACACUGGAGAGAAACCCUUCAGUUGUAGUGUGUGUGGGAAGGCAUUUUCAGAUUCAUCUGUUCUUAAAAAACACCAGAGAACACACACUGGAGAGAAACCCUUCAUAUGUAGUGUGUGUGGGAAGGCAUAUUCAGAUUCAUCUGUUCUUAAAAAACACCAGAGAACACACACGGGAGAGAAACCCUUCAGGUGUAAUGUGUGUGGGAAGGACUUUUCACAUUCAUUCGCCCUUAAAACACACCAGAGAACACACACGGGAGAGAAACCUUUCAAGUGCACUGUCUGUGAGAAGGCAUUUGCAGAGUCAUCAGUUCUUCAGAUCCACCAGAGAACACACACAGGAGAGAAACCCUUCAAGUGCAGUGUGUGUGAGAAGGCAUUUGCACAGUCAUCAAAUCUUAGAAAACACCAUAGAACACACACAGGAGAGAAACAUUUCAAGUGCACUGUGUGUGAGAAGGCAUUUUCAGAUUCAUCUGCUCUUAAAAGACAUCAGAAAAUGCACACAGGAGAGACACCUUUCAAGAGCAGUGUGUGUGGGAAGGAAUUUUCAAGUUCAUCUGAUCUUAAGAUCCACCAGAGAACACACACGGGAGAGAAACAUUUCAAGUGCAAUUUGUGUGAGAAGACAUUUUCAAGUUCAUUUUGUUUUAAAAAACACCAGAGAACACACACAGGAGAGAAACCCUUCAGGUGCACUCUGUGCGGGAAGCUCUUUGCAGAUUCAUCACAUCUUAAAAAACACCAGAGAACGCACACAGGAGAGAAACCCUUCAAGUGCACUGUCUGUGAGAAGGCAUUUGCAUGGUCAUCAGAUCUUCAGAUCCACCAGAGAACACACACAGGAGAGAAACCCUUCAAGUGCACUGUCUGUGAGAAGGCAUUUGCAUGGUCAUCAGGUCUUCAGAUUCACCAGAGAACGCACACAGGAGAUAAACCCUUCAAGUGCACUGUCUGUGAGAAGGCAUUUGCAUGGUCAUCAGGUCUUCAGAUUCACCAGAGAACACACACAGGAGAGAAACCCUUCAAGUGCACUGUCUGUGAAAAAGCAUUUGCAUGGUCAUCAGGUUUUCAGAUCCACCAGAGAACACACACGGGAGAAAAACGUUUUAAGUCCAGUUUGUGUGGGAAGGUAUUUUCAGGUUCAUCUCAUCUUAAACGGCACCAGAGAACACACACAGGAGAGAAACCCUACAAGUGCACUGUGUGCGGAAAGGCAUAUUUAGAUGAAUCACUAUCUUAAAAUACACCAGGGAACACACACAGGAGAGAUACCCUUCAAGUGCACUCUGUGCGGGAAGCUCUUUGCAGAUUCAUCACAUCUUAAAAAACACCAGAGAACGCACACAGGAGAGAAACC